CAACGCUCGGAGAGUUUUUGGAUACACUUGCGAUGGCUGCCGUGGCGAACGGAUGCCAUGCCAGAUGUUGGGAGCGACGAAAGGGGAGUGGGAGGAGAGGGUGGAACUGGCUGCCAGCUUCCUCACGCACCCUACAGCUCGGCGGAGCGAGUGGGCAGUGCAGAAGCAGUUCCUGCUUGCGAAGGGCUUCAGCGAGGACGAGGUGCAGGAGGCCCACCUGUUGCACCUCACCGGCCGCGCGCCGCAGUGGCCUUUGACACCCAAAGCGGUGGACUGGCCCUUAGCGGAGCCGGCGCCCCUGCAGGCUGAAUCUGGUGAAGCGCUGGAAGGCGAGCAGUCUAGCAGCACUAGCAGCAGCUCCAGCUCCAGUGACAGCUCCAGCUCGGAUGACGCCGAAGGCGACGAUGAAGACGAAGAAGACGAAGGUCCUGCUUUUGUUUUUGCUUGGUGCUGGCGGCAGAAGAGGCUUUGAAGAGGUCAGGUGGUGGAGCUUUCCAUGGUCCUUGCUGUUUACUUUUUACAAUCCUCACCUAUGACCAGGUGCAGCUGCUGUGGAGGAGUGAAUGUGUUUCUGCAGGGGGCGGGUGAUGCCGCAGAGCUUUGUUGUUUUGUGAUGUUUUCGCCCUGUCAUUACAGGAUCAUUAUGAUGAGUGAGCGGGCGAGCAAGCGAGUUGUUUGUCUCGCGCACGCUUGUGAUCAACUUGCCCAAAAAAACACGUACCAGUUGGUCGACUUCUGGGUUUGAUGUCACGCUAAAAACCGGCCUGGACCGGCUGGGCAGAUGUGGUAGUUCAGGCCGGGGGAGGGGGUCUUAGCUCCCCCCUCCAAAACUGUGGGGGGUUUCGGGGCGUGAGACCCUCGCCCGACCCUGUACCCAAGCCAACAUGGUCAUUCAUGGAGGACAUUGAAGACAUGGACGAGACUAUGCCUAUUUGGGCUUUGCGAGCACCUCCGCCUACCGCACAGGGUGAGGACCCUGACAAUCUGACCAUAGCGUCUUUGCGAACACCUCCACCUGCACAACGUGAGGACGUUGAACACAUUGACGACAAUAUGCCUGUCUGGGCUUUGCAACGUGCUCGCAAAGCACCGCCACCUGCAGCACAGCAUGGCCCAAAGGACCCUGACAAUCUGCCCAUAGCAUCUUUGCGAGCACCUCCACCUGCUGCAGCACAGCGGAAGGAGAGGCCACAGGACAUCUCGUCAAGCUCCUCAACUUCCUCUUCCUCUUCCUCAACGGCAGGAGGACCUCGCCGGUGUCUUUCACUCUCUCCGCCCUGUCGGACCGGCUUGGAAACACCAGGAAUAUCAAGUUCAAGGAGCCGAAAGGGAAUUCCUUUUGCUGGAUCUAUAUAUUCAGGAAAGAAAGCUACAUGAAUUACAUGAAAGAUGAUUCCUUCGAGUUGUUGAUGUCUUUCUACGCUGGUGUGGUAGAUAUCAGCGCGCUGAAAAGCACUUGGAGGAGUGUGAACAAGUGAAAUCCUUGCCAUUUUGCUGAUUACACGUGUUAAUCAGUAGGUAGCAGAAACUUAUGAGUCUUAUGAGUCAUCUUGCCCAUCUAGUCACGAGGGUUUCAAUGCCGCUUGGGUGUACAUUAUAUCAUUGGCACUAACUUUCAAGCAACACAUCAUGAAGCAAUGUUAAUUUCCUCGCCCAAAGUUUGGCGCAACACUGAACCCAAAGAGCCGCAACAU